GUAUUGCUGCUACACAACAUUAGUUAGAUUUCUGCUCUUGUUUUCUACAUUAUAAUGGAUAAAAUGGAUAAUGAACUAAAUGUAACAUAUAUAUCUUUUGAUGGGCAUGUAGAAUUGCAGAAAUACAAGUUUCUGUACUUCGUGGCUACAUUUACGAUAUAUUUUCUAAUAAUUUGUGGCAACUCAACAAUCUUGGUUCUCAUCUGGAUCAAAAAAAGCCUCCAUGAGCCUAUGUACAUUUUCAUCGCUGCUUUACUCUGCAAUGCACUUCUGUUUAGCACCAAUGUUUAUCCAAAACUUCUGAUUGACCUUUUAUCUGACUUACAGGUUACAACUUUCUCAUCGUGUAGAUUACAGGCUUUCAUUUAUUACUCUUUAAGUGGCUCAGAGUUUCUCCUUUUGGCAGUGAUGGCCUAUGACAGGUAUGUCUCUAUCUGUAAGCCUCUGCAAUAUCAGACAGUCAUGAGAAAAACAACCGUGACUACUUUGUUGGUUUUAGCUUGGGUUUUACCAUCCGGUCAGCUUAUACCGUCCCUUAUACUAGGUAACAGUUUUAAACUCUGCAGUCAUACCUUGAAGGGAAUUUUCUGCAAUAAUGCUGUUACCAAGCUUUACUGUAUGGGCUCCGCUGGACCUUAUAUUAUAUAUGGUGUGUUUAUUUUAAUUAAUACUGUCUUUGUUCCUUUGGUGUUCAUCCUUUUUACCUUUAGUAAAAUACUUAUAAUAUCCUAUAGAAGGGGCUCAAAUGUCAGGAAAAAAGCUGUGCAGACAUGUGCUCCACACCUGCUGGUUUUGAUCAGUUUUUCAUGUUUGUGUUCUUAUGAUGUUAUAAUAGCCAGAUUGGAAAUUGAUUUACCCAAAACAGCACGCUCAAUAAUGAGUUUACAGCUGGUUUUGUAUCCUCCUCUUUUUAAUCCAAUAAUCUAUGGUCUAAAGAUGACAGAAAUUCAUAAACACCUGGUAAGGUUUUUCAGUAGAGCUAGAUUCUGCCUAUUUAUUACACUAACAGGUAAAUGGAAAUUAGGUUAUGAUACAAAAACUAGAUAAAUAA